AUGAUUGCCAUCUCAAUAUAUGGUCUCCAUUUGAUAAACCUGAAGCUCCCCUUAUCCAUUCAAUCCCAUCCGGCCAUAGUGCAAACAUCUUUUCUGCUCGUUUCAUGUCUCAUACAGAUGAUCGUCAUAUAGUUUCUUGUUCUGCUGAUGGAAUAGUCUUGUUCACUGAUUUAAGUGAUUAUUUGGCUAAAUCUCCUUCUCACAGUUGGCAUCCUUUACCUUCUUUUCGUUGUCAUGAUGGAAUGGCAUUCGAAGUCAUGCCUGAUCCCGUUGAUCCACAUAUAUUUUUCUCUUGUGCCGACGACGGUAGAAAGGAUACUCAUCAAUCUACUGAUUCUGAUGAUCCUCGUUCUCAUAGCGAACCUGAAUCUGAACAAUUUUCUGAACGAAGACGUCGUACUUUUGCUAUCCGUUCUGCAAAAGAUAUGAGCGUUACCGCUAUUUCAAUUAGACCUGAUAAUCCUAUUUAUUUUGCCGCUGCUUGUGGUGAUGAUACUGUUCGUAUAUAUGAUCAACGUUUUGUUAGAACCCCUUCUGGUUCAGAUACUCCUUAUCAUAGGGAAGGUCAAGUUUAUCAAUUUAUUCCUACUGAAAUGCGUCAAAAACAACAGGAAGAUCAAUAUCAUCGUCAUAGAAUGACUAGUAUGAAAUUUGAUCCAAAUGGUGGUGGUGAUUUAUGUAUCAGUUAUAGUGGUGAAAAAGUAUAUUUGAUUAGGCCUGAUAGCAGUUUCAAUGACAAAAAGGGCAAGUCUCGAAAUGGCGGUUUUAGAAUAUCAAGAAAGCAAAAAAGAAAUAAAGUUGAUUUUGACCUUGUUGAUAAUAAACCUAAAGAUGUUGAUAAUAAGCUUAAAGAUGUUGUUAAUGAUAAUAAUGGUAUUGAUUUAAAAAACGUUGAAAUGGAUGUUGAUAAUUCUAUACCUGAACCUAGUGAUAAUGAUAGAAGUGACUCUACUCGAUCAUCAUAUGAUGCUUCGUCAAUACCUGAAAUUGAUUCAUACCAUGAAGACCAUUCCAGCACGUCGCGACAUGUACGCCUGCAAGAUAUCGAUGAUGAUGAUGCUAACGAUGAUAACAUCUAUGAUUCUGAUGAUAAUUCUGACUAUGAUUUUGAUGAUAGUGAUUGUGAUGAAGCUCACGAUGAGGAUAUUGUUAGAGCUUAUAGUGGGCAUCUUAAUUCCAAGACUAUGAUAAAAGAGGCCUAUUUCUUUGGCGCCAAUUCUGAAUAUAUUAUGUCUGGCUCAGAUGACGGUCGAAUAUUUAUAUGGGAUCGAUAUACUGGCAAAGUGGUUAAUUUGUUGAAGGGUGAUACGAAAGUCGUUAAUUGUGUUCAACCUCAUCCUUUCUUUCCCAUAUUAUGCACUUCUGGGAUUGAUGAUGACGUAAAGAUUUGGUUCCCUGAGUGUGAUGAAAAUGAUAUUUCUGAUGCUGCUGACAUUAUACAACGAAAUGAGUUAGAAGCGAGUAGUGAAAGUGGUAGUCUUGGCAGUUGGGGUGGUCGAGUUUUGGUUAUACCUGCCAGCCAGGUUAUGGUUAUGCAAUUAUUAG